CUCUCUCCCCUGUUUUACUUGAACCAAAUCAAAUUCUGCAUUCCUCUGUUUUCUUUAGCUUUUUGAUGGGACGCAAUUCUUGUUGCUUGAAGCCUAAACUCCGCAAAGGUCUAUGGUCUCCUGAGGAAGAUGAGAAGCUCUUCAAUUACAUUACUACUUUUGGCGUCGGCUGUUGGAGCUCCGUCCCAAAGCUUGCUGGCUUGGAAAGAUGUGGGAAAAGUUGUAGGCUAAGAUGGAUAAACUACUUGAGACCUGAUUUGAAGAGAGGAAUGUUCUCACAACAAGAGGAGGAUUUAAUUAUCAAUCUCCAUGAAGUUUUGGGGAACAGGUGGGCUCAGAUUGCAGCUCAAUUACCAGGAAGAACAGACAAUGAGAUUAAGAAUUUUUGGAAUUCAUGUUUGAAAAAGAAGCUGAUGAAGCAAGGAAUUGAUCCAACAACUCAUAAGCCAUUGGAAGACAAUAAUAAUAUGGAAGCCAUGAGAGAUGCGAAGAAGAACAGUUAUAAUAAUGAGAAGCCAAGAAUGGAAGUGGCUCAUCAUCAUCUUCUUCACGGGAAUAUUUCAAAUAUCACAGAAGAUUCAAAUCAUUACUACAAAGAAACAGAGGAUUCAUCACAACAUUUUGUUAAGAAGAUUGAAUUUGAUCCUCUCAGUUCCUUCUUGAAUGGUGACUACAACAACAAUUCACAAUUUGCAGCAGCUCAAUACCAAUCCAAUAUCAGAUCAUCAUAUGACCAAAACUUCUUCUAUUCAAAUUCAAGUAUUGGGAUGCCAAGUUAUUCAAGUUCUGAACAUGGGAACAUGUCAAGAACAGAUUUUUCUGAGAAUUCAGCAUCUGGGUUGACCUCUUUUUUCAUCAAUGAAGUGAAAGAAAGCUCAAGCAAUAGUUCAGUAGUGAGCAAUUAUUCAGGGUAUCAUAUGAACAAUCCAGGGGAGACCAACAAUGGAAAUGGAUUUUCAUGGGAAUCUGAGAACAAGCUUGAGAAUUUGUUACAGUUUCAAACAAAUCAAAUGAAGAACUUGGAAUUCAAGGGAAGUUCAGUUGAAGAAACAAACAUCAUUCAAAAUCAAAUAAAUUCAGCAACUUUUGGAAGCUAUCCUUUAAUGUCAAUGUCAGAAAAUGAAAGAGCAGGAAGUUUUGGCAUCUUCCAUCAUAUAUGAAAUGUAAAUUUCUUCCUCCAUAUGGUUGUUUUUUAAUCCCAAAAAAGAGUGAAGGAAAAAGAAAAAAGAAAGAAAGAAAGAAAUUCCUUUGGGUUCUGUUUUUUAUUUUCAGUUUUCACUUUGAAGAAAAUUAAUUAACACUCAGAUUGUUGAUAGUGAAAGAGGGUUUCCCAUAGAAAUUAAAUGAAGGUAUUUGCUUUUUCUUAAUCA